UGAAAUUGCACUAUUUUUAGUGUGAAAAUUAGGUCACACUAGACGAGAGGGUGAGGAAUGGCGGCCGAGAAGUCGGAAAUCGUACGGAAGGCGGAGAUCCUGAUUGCGGAAACCAUGUGCGGUCGCGACGCCUCUCACGAUGCAGCCCACGCUUUUCGAGUGCGGGACGUUGCCCUUUCCCUUGCUAAAGAGGAGGCCUUGAGCCCUUCCUCUCUCGAGAUCGUUGAACUUGCGGCCCUUCUUCACGACAUAGGAGAUUACAAGUAUACAAAGGAUUUUGUGGAGGACACAACCAUCAUUGAGAAAUUUCUAAAGGAAGAGGGACUUGAUGAAAGCAAAAGGGAAAAAAUCCUGAGUAUUAUUAAGAACAUGGGGUUCAAAAAUGAAGUUGCCUGUGCAUCUUUUUCUAAUUCUUUGGAAUUCUGUAUUGUUCAAGAUGCUGACCGUCUCGAUGCAAUUGGUGCAAUUGGAAUUGCUCGAUGCUUUAUAUAUGGUGGAAGUAAGAAUCAUGUAAUGUAUGACCCUGAGAUACCACCUCGCGAGGAUUUAACAAAAGAGAAGUAUACCAUGAAAGAUGCAAAGACUACCAUCAUAAAUCAUUUUCACGAGAAGCUUUUCAAACUGAAGGAUUUGAUGAAGACAAAGGCUGGUAAAAGAAGAGCUGAGAGACGGCACAAGUUCAUGGAGGAUUACUUACUAGAGUUCCAUAUGGAAUGGGACGGGAGAGCUUGAACUGUUGACUUAUCUUAUAUUUUGCUCAUUAUCUAUCAGAUUAAAAAUGCACCAUUGCAGGUUGAUUAUAAUUCCGGUGCUUGCAGAAAUACAACUAUAUGUUCUUGUCCAAAGUUCAUCUGAUUUGAGUAAUAUGACCAUCAUGUUGGAUAGUUUGCAGUGACAAUGGUUUUCCAGCCUCUGUUUAGCUUAGCAAAAAUGUGUAUGUUGAUUGCAUGCUGGAGAAGCCUGAUAUGAAAUAAACAAGAACUACCUUUGAGCAGUUAUUUUUUUGUUAGGUA